AUGUCCAUCAAAAUCGGGGUGUCGCUGCUGAGUGGCCGGCAGGCCACGCUGGACAUCGAGCUCCCGUCGACGGUGCGAGAUCUUCGGCGGAGGGCCGAAUGCAAGCUUGGCGCGGGCCUCUGCGCGCUGGUGACCUCGUCCGGCUCGCUCUUAGCGGAGCUGUCGACGAUUGACGAGGUCGGGCUGCGGAGCGGCGAUGUCUUGACGGCGGCAGUGAGGCAGCCGCAAAUCGCCUCGACGCUGACGGCCUUCGCACUGCUGCGCUCGGAUGGAUCGGUAGUCACCUGGGGCGAUGCGAAACAAGGUGGUGACAGUAGCAGCGUUCAGGAGCAGCUCCAAGAUGUUCUGGAGAUACAGGCUGCCGACUACGCAUUUGCAGCUCGCCGUGCGGACGGUCGCGUGGUCACUUGGGGCAGCGAUCACGACGGUGGUGACAGCAGCGACGUGCAGGAGCAACUUGUUGCCGUCGAGCAGAUUCAGGCCGCCGAGCGCGCCUUUGCGGCCCGACUGGCCGAUGGCUCCGUGGUGACGUGGGGCGACAAGUACGCAGGGGGCGACAGCGGCGCCGUCCAGAGCCAGCUGCGGCAGGUGUUGGAGAUCCAGUCUUCUCGGCUCGCAUUCGCCGCCAUCCGGGAAGAUGGCUCGGUGGUGACGUGGGGACAUCCGGACUAUGCCGGCGACUCGGGGCCGGUGCGGGAGCGGCUCCAGGGCGUCCGGCAGAUCCAGGCUUCGUGGGGUGCCUUUGCUGCGCUCCUCGACUCGGGCAUCGUAGUCACCUGGGGGGACCGAGAUUACGGUGGAGACAGCCGAGCUGUACGCAGCCAGCUGGAGAAUGUGCGGCAGAUCCAAGCGGACCGCCACGCCUUUGCCGCGGUCUUGGAGGACGGCCGGGUGGUGGCUUGGGGCGAUCAGGGCUGCGGUGGCCGGGUCCAUGAGGGAAUUCAGAGAGAGCUGCGGGACGUGGAGCAGGUGCAGAGCUCGGACUUUGCGUUUGCGGCCCUCCGCCGGGAUGGCUCGGUGGUGACCUGGGGGGACCAGGAGUACGGUGGAGACAGCCGCGCGGUGCAAGAGCAGCUGCAGCAGGUGAAGCAGAUCCAGGCGUCUGACGGCGCUGUCGCGGCAGUGCUGAGCAAUGGAGGCGUGGUGACUUGGGGCGAUCCCACGGAUGGCGGGGAGAGCUCCCACGUGCAAGCGCAGCUCCGUGAUGUACGGCACGUGCAAGCCUCCUCCGGCGCUUUUGCCGCCCUUUUGGGGGAUGGUUCGGUGGUCUGCUGGGGGGCAGCAGAUCGGGGCGGUGACUGCAGCGCGGUGCGAGAGCAGCUGAGGAGUCAAGGCUUCAAACUAUGGAGGUUUUAG